CUGGUACAUACAUUACAAUUAAACCUUGCACCUGAACGGGGAAUAGUUAAUAAUCAGUCGCUCCAAUAGUAACCAUCUGCUAUUACUGUAGCAUCAAUAUCAUGUCGCCCACCUACCUCAAGAAAGCCACCGGCGCAGCCAAGCCAACCAACGGCUCGCCGGCUGACGUGCCGAGCAUCGUGAAGGAGGUGAUUGAUAGUAUCCGCCUCGAGGGAGAUGCGGCUGUCCGCCGUUACAGCGAAAAAUUCGACCGAUGGUCGCCCGGGUCGUUCAAGCUGUCAAAGCUGGAGGUUGAGCAUGCCAUCUCUCAAGUCCCGGCGCAGACUAUCGAGGACAUCAAGACGGUUCAGGCCAACGUGAGGGCCUUCGCGGUCGCGCAGAGAGAGUCGCUGAAGGAUUUCGAGGUCGAAAUGACACCGGGUGUGUUCCUGGGGCAAAAGAACAACCCCAUCAACUCCGUCGGAGCAUAUAUUCCCGGAGGACGCUACCCCCUUCUCGCUUCCGCGCAUAUGACCAUUCUAACCGCCAAGGUUGCUGGCGUGAAGCACGUAAUUGCCUGCACGCCACCGGCGGGCGGGAAGAUCCCGAACGCAACAGUGGCCGCCAUGCACCUGGCUGGCGCCGAUGAGAUCUUCGUUCUAGGCGGCGUCCAGGCCGUCGCAGCGAUGGCCGUCGGCACGGCGACGGUUCCAAAGGUCGACUUCAUCGCCGGGCCCGGUAACGCCUUCGUCGCCGAGGCGAAACGGCAGCUGUUUGGAGAGAUCGGCAUUGAUCUCUUUGCUGGGCCUACCGAAGUCUUGAUUGUUGCCGACGAGACCGCGGACCCGUUCAUGAUAGCCACGGAUUUGCUAUCACAGGCUGAGCAUGGACCGGAUAGUCCUGCCGUGCUGAUCACCACGUCUGUGGAGGUGGGAAAGCGGACCAUCGAUCUCUGCGAUCAGCUGCUCGAGGGCCUUGUCACUGCCCCCAUUGCAAGUGUCUCGUGGCGAGACUUUGGCGAGGUCGUGCUGGCGGAGUCUUUGGACGAAGCGUAUGAGAUUGCGGACGAAUAUGCGUAUGAGCAUGUCCAAGUCCUCACGGAGAAGCCCAGGGAAGCACUCGACAAGAUGCAGAAUUACGGUGCUUUAUUCCUGGGACCCAUGACCUGCGUUUCCUACGGCGACAAGUGUAUCGGAACGAACCACGUGCUGCCAACGAGAGGUGCUUCACGGUAUACGGGCGGGCUCUGGGUGGGCAAGUUCCUUCGGACGGUGACCUACCAAGAGGUUCGCUCAGCGGAAGAGAGCGGCAAGCUGGGGCGCCUUUGCGGGCGUGCCGCCAGGGUAGAGUUGUUCGAAGGUCAUGCCAGGUCCGGUGACUUGCGAGCGAGCAUGUACCUAAAGGAUCAGUUCGAUUGGAUUAAGCGGUAG